AUGGAGCGCUUUGUCCGUGUUCCGUAUGGCUUAUACCAGAGUUACGGAAACACAAUGCCUUUGAACCAGCCUGGACUUGCAGGGCACAAACAGUCGGACUGGAGACAAAACAUGGGUCCCCCAACUUUCCUGGCCAGGCCAGGGAUGCUGAUGCCAGCAAAUGCCUCUGACUACUACAUGGACCCUUACAAGAGGGCUCAGCUCAAGGCUAUUCUCGCCCAGAUGAACUCCAACCCUGGUCUACGGCGGGGCAAGGCCAACACCAAAGAGGUAGGCAUACAGGUGAGCCUGCGGGUGGACAAGUCCGUACAGUGCUCGCUGGGGCCUCGAACCCUGAGAAGCUGCUCCCCUUGGGACAGAACUGGUCACAAGGAAACCGGGACAGGCUGGGGCACCUAUUCACAAGUGACCCAUCAAAGCAGCUUAAUACGGCUGCGCAAUAGGGAGGAUGGGAAAAACAAGGCGCUUUCAGGCCCGGAGGAGGCCAGCCAGCGGCCAACAUCAAUGCCAAAGUCAGAGGCUGAAGAUAAUAAUCAGGAGGAACUCCAACAGCUCAAAGAGCUGGAAGAUGCUGCGGGUUCUGAGGAAAAGAUGUGCAAGCAGGAACAUGGAGACACAGACACAGAUCUGCUUCAGAAACCCAACUUCCAGUUUUUGGAAGCAAAAUAUGGCUACUUUCACUGUAAAGAUUGUAAUACCAGAUGGGAGAGCGCUUAUGUGUGGUGUAUUUCUGGAACUAAUAAGGUUUAUUUCAAACAACUCUGCUGCAAAUGCCAAAAGAGCUUUAACCCUUACCGAGUAGAGGCGAUCCAGUGUCAGACCUGUUCAAAGUCUCGUUGUUCCUGUACUCAAAAGAAAAGACAUAUUGAUCUAAGGAAGCCACAUCGACAGGAACUGUGUGGUCGCUGCAAAGACAAGAAAUUCUCCUGUGGCAAUAUUUACAGCUUUAAAUACAUCAUAUAGCGGUCACUGUGACAUGUGGAAUCUUACAACUUACUACACUGUCUUCCUUUUUUCACAGUUUGGCUCUGACUUGACAUUGGAAAACAAACAAAGCUUUUGUACUUUUUUCCCAUAGGUUGUA